AUGGUUGGUAUGGAAGCUGCAGCAGUAUCUGCAAUGUUGAAGCUUGUGGGCAACAAGUUAGCUCCACUGGUCUUCAAAGAGUACAGCUAUAUAGUGGGUGUGAAAGAGGACCUCCGGGAACUACAAGAUCUAGCUCAGGAGAUCAACAGCCGAUUGGAAGCAGCAGGAGACAGAGCUAUAGGGGAUGCUCCAUUUCUCAAAAAGUUGAAAGAAGCUGUUUAUGAGGUUGAUGAUGUUGUGGAUGAGUUCCAACUGAAGGCUGAAAAAUAUGAAGCUGAUGUGGUUGGCAAUGAUCCUGUUAGCCAUAUAGAAGACACAGCUAUGAAUAUGCAAACACUGCCCUUCGUGGAUGAGGCAGCAGUAAUCGGAAGAGACCAAGAGAUGAAUGAUAUUCUAUCUGAGCUGCUACAGGAUGUUGACCAACAGAGAAUCAAGAUAGUUUCAAUAGUUGGACUUGGUGGCUCUGGGAAAACUACCCUGGCCCAGCUGGUUUUCAGCGAAGUAAAAAAUAAAAACCAUAAUCAUUUCCCAGUUAAACUAUGGGUUCAUGUGUCAGAGGAGAAAUUUCAACUUGAAAAAAUUCUCAAGAAGCUAUUUGAUGCUAUUUCAAACGAGAGGUCCGAUGGCCUUUCCUUGAGGUAUAUGGCCAAUAAAAUCUCAGACGAGUUGACCAACAAAAGGUUCCUGCUUGUAUUGGAUGAUGUUUGGACUCAAGAGCGUAUUAAAUGGGCAGAGUUCAUGGUACAUCUAAAGAAUGGCUCACCAGGAAGCAGGAUUCUACUCACUACUCGUAGUAGAAAUGUUGCUGAAGCAGUGGAAUCUACAACAUUAAUCGACUUGCCACUGUUAUCUAAGGAUUACAGCUGGCAAGUGUUUCAGCAAAGCUUCGGAAAUGCUGUGAAAGAUUUGGGCUCUGAAUUUCAAGAAGUUGGGAAAGAUACCGUGAACAAGUGCGGUGGGGUGCCACUAGCAAUUAAAGUUCUUGCAGGCAUCCUCCGUGACAAGAAACGAGUAGAACAAUGGCAUGCCAUAAAAGACAACAAUUUAUUAGAUGUCGAUGAUAAAGAAUGUCAGCUUACUCGACUUGAAACGCUGGGACUAUUUGUUAUCGGAGAGGAUAACGAAAAUGAUGCACAAACAUCUGAGCUUGAAAACAUUAAUAAGAUUAGAGGGGAACUAACUAUCCAUGGUAUUGGACAUUGUAUAGACCUAGAUGUUGCACACAAGGAAUUGUUGAAGCAGAAGACAAACUUGCAGAGCCUGACACUAACUUGUGCAAGUGAUGUGGGGGCGAAGUCUAAAAAUCAACUGGAAGGGUUGGAACCACCGCCUGGAAUUGAUAACCUCAAAAUUGUCGGGUAUUCAGGUCAGGAAUCCAUGCAGUGGAUGUUGAAGCACAGAGAUUUCCCAAAAUUGGAGCGUCUGGAGGGGCUAACAGAGUUGCCUUAUUUGGAGAAGCUUGUGCUAAGAAAAAUGACUGCUCUUAGAAGCAUAAGCGGAGGUCCAUUUCCUUCAUUGUUGGAGUUAUAUAUGAAUGGAAUGCCAAGUUUGGGCGUGGUUUGGAUGGUAACAGAAGAAAGCUUGGCUGAUGUAGAAGGGGGGCAACUGCAGAUUGGUAAUCGUCUAUCAUUUCUAACUAUAUCGGAGUGUCCCAAACUGAUGGUGAUGCCAUACUUUCCUUCAUCGCUGAAGGACUUGCAUUUGGUUAAGAGCAACGUGCAGCUGUUGGGACUGCCAGGCGUAGACCAAAGGUCCUCAUUGCCUUCAAGUAGUGCAGGAUUGCCUUCUUUUAGUUUUAGCCGCCUAAAGGAGCUUGUACUGGAAGGCAUGGCACCACCAGCAGGAGCAGCAUCGUAUGGAUCUGGAUGUCGAUGGGAGCUGCUGCAACACUUGAUAGCACUGGAGUCCUUGAGAAUUGAUAGUUGUAAUGGCCUAACCGAGCUGCCGGAGAGCAUGCGGAGCCUCGCAUCCCUCCGAACCCUGCGGAUUAUAAGAUGCCGACCUCUCUGUAUGCUUCCUGAGUGGCUUGGGAGCUCUGUUAUCUGGAAAAGAUGUUCUGAGCUUGAGCUGUUGAGGCGCAGCCGUGGAUCAUCGAUUGACGAUGAAGGCCACAAUGCUCAACCUCCAUCGGCUGAGGUGUCCCUGUUGGCACAAUUGGAGGCGCGGGUAUACAUCCCGCUCGAGACCCCGUUGCUCAGCAAGUCGAGGCUGAGAAGACCCAAUGAAAUCUUCGGGGCAUCAUUAAGCUGUCAUAAAACGGUGUGGGGAGAAGCGUAUGAAGAACUUGAGCCUAUGGAUGUAAGAAAGUUCAGUCGUAUCUUUUACAGCUGGCAAUUAUUUCAGCAAAGUUUUGGAAAUGCUAUGAAAGAUUUGGACUCUGAAUUUCAAGAAGUUGGGAAAGAGAUUGUGAACAAGUGCGUUGGGGUGCCACUAGCAAUUAAAGUUCUUGCAGGGGUCCUCCGCGUUAAGAAACGAUUAGAACAAUGGCAAGCCAUAAAAGAGAGUAAUUUAUUAGAUGUUGAGGGUAGAGAACGUCAAGUAUCUGCCUGCUUGUGGCUUAGCUAUUUUAAUAUGCCAUUCCAUCUAAAGCAGUGUUUCACUAUAUGUUCAAUUUUUCCUAAAGGUUACUGGAUUGAUAAAGACCAAUUGAUUGACCAAUGGAUUUCUCUUGAUAUGGUCAUGGAAGAUGUUGUCAAGGACCUGGAAAUUAUUGGCAAUGAUUACUUUAAUCAACUUGUGCAAAUGUACUUUAUACAAGAUGUGAAGGAAAGAAAUGGUGAGAAAGUUAAAUACGAUGAUUUCAUAUUUGGGAAGUCAUUGAAGAAAGCAAAACACUUGCGCAGUAUCACUGUGGAAAAUGUGCAUACAUCAGCGCUCACAGCCAUACUACAGACCAAAAAUUUAAGGUACCUUAGCAUUUCAGGAUUGAGAUAUGAACCACUUCCUGAGGUUAUUUCAGAAAUCUGGAGUCUGCAAGCUCUUCAUGUAACGUCAAGUAAUCUUGUCAAGUUACCUGAAUCCAUUGGUAAGCUGCAGAAGUUGAUAGUGGUGAACUUGUCAUACUGUUGGCACCUAACAAGUUUGCCAGAUUCUAUUGGCACUUGUGUCAUGAUUUCUAGCAUAGACCUUUUUGGUUGUAAGAAGGUUGCAACGCUACCCAGCUCUAUCAGCAGAAACAAAAGGCUAAGGGAUGUGGAAAGUUACGAGGAUUCCAAAGGGAUUGGUCAGCUUACUCGACUUGAAACGCUGGGAUUAUUUGUUAUGGGGGAGGAUGAUGAAAAUUAUGCACAUAUCUCAGAGCUUGAAAACAUUAAUAAGAUUAGCAGGGAACUAACUAUCCAUGGUAUUAGACAUUGUAUGGACCCAGAUGUUGCACACAAGGAAUGUUUGAAGCAGAAGACAAACUUACAGAGCCUGACACUUAUUUGUGCAAGUGAUGUGGGGGUGAACUCUGAAAGUCAUCUGGACGGGUUGGAACCACCGCCUGGAAUUGGAAACCUCAAAAUUGUCCGGUAUUCUGGUCAGGAAUCCCCGCAGUGGAUGAGGAUGUUUCGCUUCCGGCUGUUGUGCGAGAUGGAAUUAUCAGAUUUCCCAAAAUUGGAGCGACUGGAGGGGCUACCGGAGUUUCCUUGUUUGGAGAAGCUUAUGCUCAGUGGAAUGCCUGCUCUUAAAAGCAUAAGCGGAGGUCCAUUUCCAUCGCUGCUGAAGUUAUUCAUCAUGGGUGGAAUGCCAAGUUUGGGCGUGGUAUGGAUGGUAACAGAGGGGGGCAUGGCUGAUGUGGAAGGAGGACAAGUGCAGAUUGGAGCAGCAUCGUACGGAUCUGGGUGUCGAUGGGAGCUGCUGCAACAUUUGACGGCACUGGAGUCCUUAGCGAUUAGGUUGUGCGAUGGCCUAAUCGAGCUGCCAGAGAGCAUGCGGAGUAUCGCAUCCCUCCGAACUCUGCGCAUCUCAUUCUGCAGCUCUCUCUGUAUGCUUCCGGAGUGGCUGGGGGAACUCCGUUACCUGGAAACGAUGAGCUUUUUCGACUGCAGUAGUUUGAGCCCUGCACCAUCAAUGCAGCCACUCAGGGCCCUCAAAGCACUGGAUAUUUCUAACAGUAGGUGGGUGGAUGACCUCUGCUCUCCGUCUCUGCAGACUCUAGUGAUACAUAUUUGUGACGGCAUAAGUAGCCACACCCAAUCAUUCAGGCAGCUCACCUCACUCACGGAUCUCCAAAUAUUAGGUUGUCGUGACUUCCACCAGCUGCCAGAAUGUCUCGGAGAACUCUGCUCUCUACAAAAGCUAGACAUCAGGGGAUUACCCAGGCUGAGCAGCCUUCCACAAUCAUUGGGGCACCUCACCUCCCUCCAGGAGCUCCGAAUCGAAUACUGCGAUGCACUUGCCCAACUUCCCGAAUGUGUUGGGGAACUUCAUUCUCUACGCAUAUUCAAGAUUUGGCAGUUGCGGAGCCUCAGGUGCCUUCCCCAAUCACUGGGGCACCUCACCUCCCUCCAGGAGCUCAAAAUAACAUACUGCGAGGCACUUGGCCAAUUGCCCGAAUCGCUGGGGGAACUUCGUUCUCUACGUGUACUCACAAUUAGUCAGUCGCACAGCCUAACUUGCCUUCCGCAAUCAUUGGGGCACCUCACCUCCCUCCAGAAGCUGGGAAUUGCAUACUGCAGGGAACUUGGCCAACUGCCCAAAUCGCUGGGGGGACUCCGCUCUCUAAGUAAAUUGGUGCUAUGGUGGUUGCCGGGCCUGACUUCCGUUCCUGAAUCAAUGUGCUGCCUCACGUCCCUUGAAGAGCUUACGAUCAUGGACUGCCCGGGCAUUUGA